AUGUCAGAUGUACCAUGGGAAAGCGAAGAAAAACGAAACUACAUUUGUAUGCAGAAUAUUAUCAUUGAUGUUGUCAGUGAAGGAUUGCGGAAAGUUUUUAAAAACGAAUGGAACACUCGUUAUCAGGCAAGCUUGGGAGCAUGGGAUGACACCAGUGUAAGUGGACAGCAGUUGUUUAAUCGGGAAAACACUCGGCCAAGACCAAACAAAAACAUGUACCAGGCGAAAUUUCAACAAGGAAAUACAAAUCAAUGGGAUUGCUCUGUGCUUUUUGACGCAAUUCUGUACUCCAACUCGAUUAGUAAAUCAAGCCUUAAUCCAACAAUUAAGACUGAAGUGGAGAAUAUUCGAUAUAUGCGAAAUAAAAUUAUGCAUGCUGAUGAUACAACCCUAUCUGAUGCUGACUUCCAAACCAUGAUCAGGGAUGUCGAAAAGGCAUUUAAGUCCCUCAGUCUUCCAGUUAAUGAUAUUACUCAAAUGAAAAGUAAGCGAAACCUUUACAAAUCAUUUCAAGUUCUACCUCCAAAGCCAACCCACGAAGUUGUUCGCCGUUCCGAGAAGGUCAAAGAAAUAGAACAAGAACUCCAGAAGUUACGCAUUGAUAGCGACGGCAAACUUACAUAUUUCUAUAUUUCCGGAAAUCCCGGAAGUGGAAAAUCGCAGCUGUCCCGGCAACUGGGGGAGGAUUUGUUCAAAGACGUAAAUCUUGAAACACAGACAACAUUUGUAAUGACUUUGCAUGCAAAAGAUUUAGACACUCUGCGUCACUCGUAUGAAGAUUUUUGCCGACGUCUAAAUUGUUCCGAGAGAGUAUUGAGUAAUGUAAUCAAUUCAUCCAAAACAAACAAAGAAAAGAUCGAAGAUUUAAGAUCACUGAUUGAAAGCAGAAUCAAGAACUGGAAAAGGUGGUGGAUUAUAGUAGACAAUGUGGAAAAUCUCCAGAAAAUGUCAAACCUACUACCUCAAAGGGACGACGAAGUUUGGAAUAAUGGCCAAAUUAUACUAACAGUUCAGAAUACAAAUGCAGUCCCUUCUGACAGUCUGUUCACUAGGCAUAUUUCACUCAGUCUUGGCAUGAAGGAUGGAGAAUGUCGUCAGUUACUUUCCACAUUGUCAGGAACUGAUGCUAAUAAUCCAUUAUUAGACGAAGUUGCGGAGAAGUUAGACUAUCAACCUUUGGCCAUGGCUGCAGCUGCUGUAUACUUCAAGAAAGUCAUCGAGGGAAAAUAUUGUCGAACGUUUUCGUGGCAAGAUUACUUACAGAAGUUAAAAAAUAAAAGAAUAGAAACAGAAAAACAACUGGAACAAAUUAGCACAGCCUAUACAUCUACCAUGACGGCGGCGGUGAAACUAGCUGUUGAAAAGUCUGCCGAAGAUUUAAUUUUAAAUCACACAUUCAAUCUUUUCUCUCUGAUUUCCUUUGAACCGCUACCUGUUGAUAUCAUUGUCAAAUACGUACAGGAAAUUGAUCAAAAAUAUGAUAAAGAAGACAUUUAUUUGGCAUUGAAAGAUUGUUCACUUUUUCUUCUUACUGAAACUGAAGAUUGCGAUGUCUGGCUACAUCGUGUUGUCCAUGAAGCAACUAAAUCAUUAAGUGUUUGCAAAGAAUCGGACACUACUUAUUAUUCUCACCCUGGCAUUGCUAAUGAAAGAGCGAUCAUUGACGCUGCAACUACAGUUCAAAAUGUUAUAAAAGCACUUUAUUGUUUCCAACACCGGCACGAUCAAAUCAAAAUGAUUCCACAUAUAAAGGCAUUCAAUGCAGCAAUUGAAAAACUAUUUGUUGAACAAGACUCGUUAUAUUCAAUUAGUUCAGACUUUGAAAAACCUGAUAUAUAUGCCAUAUAUCACUUUUUUGGGAGAACUUUAAAUCGCUACUGCGAGUAUCAUUUGGCUGUCAAAUUUUAUAAUACAAAUCUUCAAAUCUUGGGAGAUUCAGAAUGCCACGAUUACAGGUCCAGUACGUUUAUCGAACUUGGCAAUUCAUACACAAAAAUUGGCGACUUCGACAAGGCUAUGGAUUAUCACCAACGAGCACUGGAAAUUCAAGAGAAAUACCUAGGUCCAAACCAUGUCGAUGUUGCAGUUUCUUAUAACAAUAUUGGCCUAGUGUAUUAUGAUCAAGGUGACCUGGACCAGGCUAAGGAUUGUUACCAACGAGCACUGAAAAUUAAAGAGAAACAGCUAGGUCCAAACCAUGUUGAUAUUGCAGCUUCUUACAACAACAUUGGCCUAGUGUAUUAUGGUAAAGGUGAUCUUAAACAGGCUAAGGAUUAUUACCAACAAGCACUGGAAAUUGAAGAAAAACAGCUAGGUCCAAACCAUGUUCGCGUUGCAGUUUCUUGUAGUAACAUUGGCCUAGUGUAUUAUGAUCAAGGUGACCUCGACAAGGCUGAUGAUUAUUACCAGCGAGCACUGAAAAUUGAAGAGAAACAGCUAGGUCCAAACCAUGUUGAUAUUGCAGCUUCUUAUAACAACAUUGGACUAGUGUAUUAUGAUAAAGGUAAUCUGGACCAGGCUAAAGAUUAUUACCAACGAGCACUGGAAAUUGAAGAAAAACAGCUAGGUCCAAACCAUGUUGACGUUGCAGUUUCUUAUAAUAACAAUGGCCUAGUGUAUUAUGAUGAAGGUGACCUGGACAAGGCUAAGCAUUAUUACCAGCGAGCGCUUGAAAUUGAAGAGAAACAGCUAGGUCCAAACCACGUUAAUGUUGCAACUUCUUACAACAACAUUGGCUUAGUGUAUUAUGAUAAAGGUGAGCUGGACCAAGCUAAGAAUUGUUACCAACGAGCACUUGAAAUUGAAGAGAAACAGCUAGGUCCAAACCAUGUUGAUGUUGCAGUUUCUUAUAACAACAUUGGUCUAGUAUAUUAUGAUAAAGGUGACUUGGACCAGGCUAACGAUUAUUACCAACGAGCACUGCAAAUUGAAGAGAAACAGGUAUGUCCAAACCAUGUUGAUGUUGCAGUUUCUUAUAACAACAUUGGUGGAGUGCAUUAUAAAAAAGGUGACCUAGACCAGGCUAAGGAUUAUUACCUACGAGCACUAGAAAUUGAAGAGAAACAGCUAGGUCCAAACCAUGUCGAUGUUGCAGUUUCUUAUAACAACAUUGGCCUAGUGUAUUAUGAAAAAGGUGACUUGGACCAGGCUAACGAUUGUUACAAACGAGCACUGGAAAUUCAAGAGAAACAGCUAGGUCCAAACCAUGUUGAUGUUGCAGCUUCUUACAAUAACAUUGGCCUAGUGUAUUAUGAUAAAGGUGACCUCGACCAGGCUAAUGAUUAUUACCAGCGAGCACUGAGAGUUAGAGAGAAACAGGUAGGUCGAAACCAUGUGGAUGUUGCAGUUUCUUAUAACAACAUUUGUGGAGUGUAUUAUAAAAAAGCAGGGCUGUAAAUACUCGUUACAAUUGUAACACGUUACUGUGUACUCGUUACAUUUGAAGUAAUUUUAACCUGUAAUUAAUUACGUUUUUAGAAAUGUAACGAAAAAACGUAAUUAAUUUCAAAAGCAAGGAACUUGUUCCUUUUCCAAGGAGCAAAUUGAAAAUUCCUUUUUUUUAUAUAAACAGUAUUUUAUUAAUCAAAUUGAGGUGGCUCAAUACAGUUUUUGAAAUAUGACAAAAUCGUAAUUUAGAUUUAAUUUUUUGAAGAGAGGUUUCUUGUUAGAAGGCAAAACUUGUACCACAUAUAUUGAGUAAUCUUCUAAGAAUUGAAAAUUGUUCUCAAAAAUUACAUCAUUACCGUUGCUAUGGUAACAGUGACGUUUCAAUAUGGCCAACAUUUUGCCUUUUAACACAUUUUACUCGAAAAAAGGCCGGUUACCCCCACUUUUUAUUUCGUGAUACGUUUUCAUUUAGAAAAAUGAAUGAUAUGAACAAGUGUAAAAAAAUUCUGUAAAUCAGAAUUUUUAGAAAAUUAAAAAACGUGAUUUUUCGUGAUAAAUAUUUUUUGGAUCUACAGAAUUUUUUUAAACUUGUUCACAUCAUUCAUUUUUCUGAAUGAAAACGUUUCACGUAAUAAAAAAUGGGAGUAAUCGGCCUUUUUUCGAGUAAAAUGUGUUGAAAGGUAAAAUGUCGGCCAUAUUGAAACGUCAUUGUUACCAUAGCAACGGUUAUGAUGUCAUUUUUGUGAACAAUUUGCAGCUCUUAGAAUAUUGCUCAAUAUAGUGGUACAAUGUUUGUCUUCUAAUAAGAAACCUCUCUUCAAAAAAUUAAAUCUAAAUCACAAUUUUGUCAUAUUUCAAAAACUGUAGGAAGCCACCUUAAAUGCAAUUGCUCUAAAAGCGUCGAAGCUUAUUUGGGAGAAAAUUCCUUUUCUUAUUUUGUUAAAAGUAAGAAAUAAAGAAUACAACGUUAUGAAAAAAAUUCUGAAAAAUGGCUGAAAUAAUUUUCAACGAGAUCACAUGACAUGAUAGCCUACAUGAAGUACAAUUUAUUGCAAAAGUGGAAACCACAAUUUGUUUCGAGGCCCAGAGCGCCAAAUAUUGGCAAAUAAAGUUUUAAGUUUAUAUGCGUCGAUUUGCAUGUCAAAUGUUUUAAUAUAUUGAAAUAUCAUCUGAUAAAUUCUUGCAAAUUUAAUAGUUUAUAUACCGUUUUCAAUUACAACUACCGUUUAAGAUAUUGUCCUAUAAUAUAUAUGGUAACAAAUUUCCGGUAAAGGAAUUUGUAAUUAAUUCCUUUUUUCCACAGUAAUUUUUUCAUUGUACUUAAUUACAUUUUUGAACAAGUAAUUGUAAUCAGGAAUUUAUUACAUUUUAAAGCAAGUAAUUGUAGUUGGAAUUAAUUCUUUUUUCAGUGGUAAUGUUGCAGCCCUGUAAAGAAGGUUACCUGGAUCUGGCCAAGGAUUUAUUACCAACGAGCACUGGAAAUUAAAAAGAAACAGCUAGAUCUAAACCACGUUUGUCUUGCAGUACAGUAAAAAAAGUAAACUGGACCAGGCUAAGAAUUAUUACCAACGAGCACUGGAAAUGAAAAAGAAACAGCUAGGUCCAAACCAUGUUGAUGUUGCAGUUUGUUAUAACAAAAAGGGCCUAGUGUGUUAUGAUAAAGGUGACCUGGACCAGGCUAAGGAUUAUUACGAACGAGCAAUGGAAAUUCAAGAGAAACAGCUUGGUCCAAGCCAUGUUGAUGUUGCAGUUUCUUAUAACAACAUUGGCGAGUAUAUUAUGACAAAGGUGACUUGAACUAGGCUAAGGAUUGUUACCAACGAGCACUGGGAAUUAGACAAAAACAACUGAGGUGCAAACGAUGUUGAUGUUGCACUUUCGUACGAUAACAGUGUUGGAAUUUCCUGGAAAAAAGAUAGCGUGGACUAUGCAGGCUAAGGAUUAUUACCAACAAGCUCUAUAAAGAUUUACUUGCCACUUCAAACAUUGAUCAUAUUUUUACUAUAUGUUGCCUCCAAUGACGCGAUCUUCGAGCUCAUUUACUGCAUUCAAGUGGAGGGCACACGAACUGGUUUUGGACAUGUUUAUAAAUGAUUCUUGGUAUGGGACAUUAAUUAUAAUUUUUUUUUAUGUAACGAAUUUAUUGAGCAAUCUACAUAGUACAUACUAUAUCAGGUACAAAGAUAAAAAACGUGCCAAACGAAAGACAAAACACACGUCACAAAUCACAAAUUAGUAUAUACUCUCAAAUUAAUUAAUUAUUAAUUAAUUAAUUAAUUCAUAAUUAAUUAAUUAAUUAAUUAAUUAUAUAAUUUAACUUGUACUUAGUUUACUGUGUAUACUCUUUAAUUUGUAAAUAGUUAUUGUGUGACGCUCCUCAUGAAAAGCAGCUCACGUUGAUCGAGGCAAGCGUGUUUAAAUAAAGUUUUACCAUACCAUACCAUUUUAUAUAGCUGUAAUAUAGUUUAUCAAUAUUUAAUAGUUCAAGUAGUCAGUUAUAAAUUACCUUUUAAGGUAAUGAUUAUGAUUAUGAUAAUA